AUGAUAGCUCAGACACAACCACGUCGUCCAUCAUAUGGUGGAUCUAUUGCUAGUAGAUCAAAACAGGAACCGGUGACACGAACUAAGCACAGAUCUAAAUCAAUUUCUGCUGGCACAACACUGCCAUAUCAUGUCAUUCGUCGACCUUCAGCACCUAUUUUGACAGAGAGACCUCGUCUCUCUAUAGCAGACCGAUUCAUGUCUACAGAUUAUACAAAAACUGAAUCACAGCCAUCUUUCGAUGCUGUUUCCACUAUCACUUCAGUGGCAGAUCGUUUCAUGAGCAAACCAUCACCCACUAGUUCAACAUUAAGUAUGCCUAAGGAAGAAACAAUCAUAGAUCCAACGCCUGUCAGACUCACGAUAGCCGAGACAUUCAUGCGAUCUUCAUCCACUUUAUCGCCAUGCUAUCGAUCUCGAGCUGGUUCAUUCGCCGAUGAGCUGGAGAGACCCAUCAAGAAAGCGCAUCCUCUAGAACCACAGGCUUCCAAAUCGACAUUGUUUGAUGACGCAUUUCAUCUUGAUUUAACAUUGGAUACAGAACAAGGCAGAAAAAAUAGUCGACCUUGGGGAAGUCAAGAUACACUUGUUCAAUUGGAAAAAAAGAAACCAAUUUACGCACAGUACAUGGAGUCAGAGAAAAACGCAACCAUUGAUUGUGUCUCUUUUGAUGACAAGCAAACAAUUGAUCUCACUCAUGAAGAAGAUGAAGACACUGUAGAUUAUAGCAAGUUUGAUCAUUAUUAUCAAAAGGGACUGACGGCUUGGGAGAACGAAGAAGGGGGAGAGGAAGAAGGUGAGGACGACCUUUCAGAACAAGAAAAGCAAUCAGAGAAACCAGCAUCAAUCAAAGCUUCAAAACCUACACCUGCCGUACAAGAAAGCAGAGGAUGUUGGAUAGGAUGUUGUUUUAUCAGUUCCAAAAGACCUCAACAUAAAAAAAAAGAUCUUGAGCAACAAAGAACUAAAGAACACAGUAAAUGCUGUGGUCGAAAAAUAUGGGUAUUUUGUACAUUUCUAAUUGUUAUUCUUUGUGCACUGGUCGCUUACUUUUUGUGGCCUCGUACACCUUUGAUGCGUAUCGAAGGUGCUUCACUGACAUCACCUGUGAAAAUAGCUGAAACGAAACAAAAUGCUUGGUACAGUGGCAAUGUUCAGUUUGAAAGCGAAUGGCUUGUGAAUGUGACCAUCGAUAAUCGCAGAAACCAUGUGCCCACACGCGUUGUUCAAAUCCAAGUCUUGGCUAAAGAUGCACUUACAGGUUUAGUGAUUGGCAAGGGCACACACAAUGAUGAUUCAAGUCCCGAACAUAUUGUUUUGCCUCCCAACACGAUUUCAACUAUCCAACUACCAGUUCGCAUUGAUUAUCAGGCGCGUGAUAGUAUGGACACCACGUUUGCAGACCUCAUAAAAUCCUGUUCUCCUAAACACCAUCCUGUUUCUAAUGGGAAUUCUACAGGCUCCCAUUUACGGGAAGCACUUCCUUUACAUUUUUGGAUCACACUUCAUUUCUUUGGUCUUGAUUGGUUAGGAUAUAAACCUACAGUGAUAGCAGCACCAGCAACUGGAGGAUUUGCUUGUCCACAACCUUAA